AUGACGGAACAAGUCAAGAUCAAUCCAGACCUACUGAUAAUACUAGUUGGGGCUGUUAUAAAUAAGAGUGUUCUCAACUAUACUGGAGAUUAUGCGGAUAAUAAGGCAUCAGUUCCAGUUCAGCAAUUUAUUGAUGAUUUGAACGAGACAACCUUCCAAUAUACAACAAAGUUCCCCAACGAUGAUAUACAUUUUCCAUUAAUUGAUAUCAAACUACUAUCUUUUAUAGUGAAUAGGACGUUAUACAGCAAGUUUGUUAGUGUUACAAAUGACCUGGUGAUUGUUGAAUUUAGUGACCAAUAUGAGCAUUACUUAAAGACUAUAGUGGCUACUUCGACGCUUAGGUACUCAAAGUAUUUAUUAAACAGCGCCAAACUGUUGUAUGAUAGAGAGGAAACUGCAAAAAGCGAGCUUAUUAAAAGAAGUGAAGUCAAUAAAGAAAGUGGACCCCAUGUUAUCAACGACGAAAAUAAUGUGGCUGGUGAGGGAAAGAAAAACGAAUUGGUAGAUUCCACAACAGAGGUUAAAGAGAAGAUGGGGGAUGUAGAUAAAGAUUCCAAGAAGGAAGAGGUACCAAGUACUAUAGAUGAAAAGGAAGAAAAAGGAAAAGAUGAAAAGAAGGUGCAAGGAGAAAGAGAAGAAACGAUGACAGAUGCACAAAUAGAGAAGGAGACACAAGAAAAUAAGGAAGAGCAAGAGAACGAAGAGCAAGAGAACGAAGAGCAAGAGAACGAAGAGCAAGAGAAGGAGGAACGGGAACAGGAGAAACAAGAACAGGAGGAACAAGGAAAGAGGGAGGAGCAAGUUCAAGAAAAGAGGGAAGAAGUAGGAGAAGAGGAACAACAAGAAAAGGAACAACAAGAAGAAGAAGAACAACAAGAAGAAGAAGAACAACAAGAAGAAGAACAACAAGAAAAGAGCGAAGAACAAGAAAAAGAGGAAUUGGAAAAGAAGGAGAUUGAACAAGAAAAAGAGGAAUUGGAAAAGAAGGAGAUUGAACAAGAAGAUGCUAAGGAUGAACCAAGAAACACGCUCCAAGAAAAGACGACCGAAGAAAAGAUAGACAAGGAGCCUGUAUUAAACAAUAACAUACUGCAAUCGCCUAGGGAACAAAGCUCUAACGUAUCAGAUCCUGUGAAUGUAAAAGAAAUUGCAAGUCCAGAAGUUGAAGAUCUCAUUCCACCAACAAGGCUGGAAAUUAGUACUAAAGAACAGGUGGAUGAACUGAAAGAUACAGUUUCAGUCAACCAACAGGAUGACGAGCAUCUUGAAGAUGAACAAGUAUUAAAAAGUGUCAAAGAAGAUGAAAAACUAGCAGAUGAAAAUCUAAAAGGGGAAAAUAAUACUCUGCUGGCGAGUGAAAUUGAAGAUAAAAUUGUUGACAAUAAAGAUGAUUUGCAUGAGCAACUGCGACAGGAUCUUGAAGAAACAAAGCUGAACAACUCGACUGAAGAGCCAACUACUGAAGCUGAAGACGUAACACAUGCACAACCACAGACGCAACCACAAUCACAGGACCCUUCAAAGGAAGAUAAAGAACAAUCUCACGAUUCAGUUGGUGCCGAUGCUGACGCUAAAGAAAUUCGCACGGACGAUGAGCUGAUUGCAAUAAAAGAUGAAGUCACUAAAAAGCCAACUUCAGAAAAGCAACACGGAGCCAUAGUAGAAACAAAACCCCAGCUCAAAGACGAAUCUGUACGAGCUCAAGAGGAUACCAGAGAUUCACGAGAAAUACGCGAAACAAGAAAACGGCCGAGAUCACAUUCUCCCGGCGCUCCAUUGCAGCACCAUAAGAAAUUCCAAAGUAUUGCCAUUAGUUUACUAAACUCCAUUCAAGAACACCGGUUUUCUUCGCCAUUUUUGCACGCUGUUAAUGCUAAAGACGCGCCAAAUUAUUAUGAGAUUAUUCAUCAACCAAAAGACCUCAAAACUAUUUUGAAGGCUUUAAAAUCUAAGGCUGACCCACCUGUUUAUCAGCUGGUGGUGGAAUUGGAGAGGGAUAUCAUGUUGAUGUUUGCCAAUUGUGUCAUGUACAAUCGACUGGACGAAGAUUUGGUCGGACUAACUAGAACAAUGAAAGAAGAAGUUGGGGAAUUGUUUAAGAUGUUCAAAGAGGCAGAACUGGAGAUUAGAUAA